AUGGACGCUGCCACAUCUUGGUCCGCGCCACUGGCUGCCGACCUCGUGCAUGUCACCGUACUUCAGUGCGCCUUCUUGCUUGCCGGCACGACGUUCCUUGGGUACCUCCUAGGUAGCGUCAACGAAGCUUUUGCUCUGCGGCGCGUCUAUGUGUCUGCGGCCCGCGGGAUCGCCGCGUGUUUUGUCGGGUACCUCGUGGCCGCUUUGGUUGUGCCAUCGACGAAGCAAACGCUGCGUACGACGAUCGCGACCAGCAUCACGCACGUGGCCGUCCAUGUGGUUGUCCUGCCGCUCCUCUUGCGGCUAGUGAUACGGAGUCGACAUGAAGCGGUCUUGGUGCUCUCGCUCCGCUCUCUUUUAGGAACAAGGGAAGUGGGGAAGCCAUGA